AUGACAGGCGGCUUCGAGUUCAACAGUUUUUCAAAAGACAUACACACCCAGCCGACGCAAGAUCGUGCUAAUUGCGUCCAAUCCUUCCACGAGCUACUGUCUGGAAGCAAACUAAAGAUGGCCUUUAACAUCUUUGAAAACAAGGAACAGACUGCGGUCUUCUUCCUACUCAUCGUAUUCACGCCUAUAUGCAUCCUGGUCACAUGUUUGCGGUUUCGCGCUUCGCAGCUUACGGGGAGGAAAGUUGCUGUUGAAGACUGGAUGGCUUUGGGCUCUCUGCUCUGUUUCCUUGCCUGGGCCAUCUCUUCUGCUUUCGUACUCAAGCAUCUCAAUGGGCGUUCGGACUUCAUACAGCUUCCCAUCGACGAGGCCAAGUCGGCUCUCAAGAUUCUGGGCCUCGUUCAAUUGGCUUAUUCGAUCACCGUCAUAAUUGUCAAUGCAUUCCAGUGUCGGCCAGUUCAAAGGUAUUGGGACAUUCUCCUAACCGAUGGUUGGUGCAUUAACGUCGGCGCAUUUUUGGCUGGAGCCGAGAGUAUCAACUCGGUCAUCGACUUCUCCAUGGCUCUCCUCGCCGUUCUCAUGCUUCGUGGACUUCAAACGAGUGCGCGCACAAAAUUGAGUCUGUCGUUCAUUUUCAUUCUCGGAGCUUUUGCUGGAGCGGUCGGUUUCAUCAAAAUUGGCCUGGCAUUCAACGUGACCAUCCACAAUCAAAUAAUGAUGGGGCUAUGGUCCACGGUUCAACAGGCCUGCAGUGUGAUUUGCUGUUGUGCGAUCACCUUGAAGCCACUCUUUACGCAGAAUGAGUUCUUUUCCCGACUGGCCUCUAGAUUCUCAAGUCGUGGGAGCAAGACCAAAGCUUCUUCACACAAGAGCCAAGAAUGUCGCCAAGGCUAUGUUGAUAUUGAGGUAUCUGGUGGGGCGAGGAACUCUAAUUCGACACUGAAGCCCGAUAGUUUGUACGCCACACAACAGGACUCGAUGGGAUAUCCGAUGAGAACUGUCAAGAUCGAGCAGACUUACGAGCACGUUUAG